AUGUAUUACUUGAGCAGACGCGUGCUUAUCAUGUUGACGUGCAGUGUGCUGAUCACCGCGAUUGUCUUCUUCACCGCCUACGGAGUGUACGGUGCCCCAUCGUCCGCCGAGGACCUUUCAUCCGAAGAGCAUGGCGAUUUUCUAAGCCUGGAACGACGCGCCGGUUUUCGGUUGAAACAAGUGCACGUGUUUUUCCGCCACGGACAGCGUACACCGGCUGAUACGUAUCCAAAUGAUCCGUACGUUAACUAUACCUUCGAGCCAUACGACUGGGGCCAGCUCACAAAUAAAGGCAAAUAUUCGAUCUACGAGCAAAUCGGUGUCUGGUUGAAAGAACGCUAUGGCAGCUUCGUUGGUAAGACGUACCAGUCGAAAAAUGUACACGUCCAAACAACGGGCGUCUCGCGAACACAGAUGUCCAUGCAGCUUGUAUUGGCCGGUCUAUUCCCGCCCGAAAAUACCCCCCUCCAGUGGAACCAGAAGCUGAACUGGCAGCCGAUUCCAUAUUUCAGCGAACCGCUCAGCCAAGAUACGCUUCUUCUGGUGCGAGUAUCCUGCCCACGGUACACAGAGGCAACGCAUGAAGUUUUUGCCACACCAAAAAUUGCCGAGCUGAUGGCUGCAAACCAAGAGCUGUUUCAGAAUCUCACACGAAUCACCGGCCUGAAGAUCGCCAAUCCUGAUGACGUGCAGUCCCUGUUUAGCACACUCAAGGCUGAGUCCGAAUAUGGUCUCAAACUACCUGCCUGGACGAAAGCGUACUAUCCGGAUAAGUUGCUCCCGUUGACCAAGAAAAGCUAUAUACUCAACGUUUACACCGAUGAAAUGAAGCGGCUCAAGGGAGGACCAUUCUUGCGCAAAACACUAAACGAAUGGGAAGCAUUGAUUGCAAACCCGUCCGGUGCGCACAAGAAGAUCCUGCUCUAUGCUGGCCAUGAUUCGACAGUAGUCAACAUUCUGUCGGCCCUGAAGGUUUGGAACGAGAACGACCUGCCGGAUUAUGGGGUAAUGGGCGUGUUGGAGCUGUUUUACGAUUCUGGCAGUAAUAGGUACGGUGUGGUCGUUAGCCAGAAACAGCUCGGAAAGAGCCUCCAGCGGGUAACAAUACCGGGCUGCACGCAGUUCUGUCCUAUCGAACAAUUUAAAAGCAUUCUCAGCAAUUCCACCAUACCGAAAAAUUGGAAGCAAGAUUGUGUGGCAAAGAAUCCGGACACCGUUGAAGCUCCUCCCUCGGGCCCAUAGAGUGGAAUAUCUGAGCUAGGAUACGACGUAAAGUAUCAAUCGAAAUAAAAUGUUUUUUGCCCUCCAAGAAAACGAAAUACCAGUUCAAAUGCAAUGUCAAUA